AUGCAGGACAACAAAGCUCAGGGUAUACGAUCAUCGAAAGAGCCUUUCAGGAGAAUGAAUUAUGAGUUACGACCCAGAGGCAACAGAGUGAAAUCGUAUAGAAUUCCUGAAACAUUUAGUAGCUCUGAUGGAGAAGUAGAUAAAAGUUAUUAUGAUGAGGUAAAGUAUCUUAAUAAGGAUCAAAUGAAAGCAUACAUAUGCAAAAUGAAAAAAGAAAUUGAUGAAUACAAAAUGAGAGAAAUGAAUUAUGUUAUUGAAAUAAAAUACUUGAGAAGAAAAAUAGAAAGAUUAAAAGGGAUGUUAGAAAAUGAUAAAUUUUUGUUAAAACACCAAAGAGCAUUUUCUUUGAGGAGUCAGGAUGGUUUUUCCCUUAAAAGUGGUAUCAACGAAAUAAAUUCAGAAUACACUGGAAGUCACUCCAGAUGGUAUAAAAGAAAUAAUAUUUCAGAAGGAAAUUUUCGUGAUAGUUCUUUUACACAAAAAUAUCGAGGUGGUGGUGAAGGCUGUUAUAAUUAUCGCUUUCGUAAGGACAGUUUUUUCGAUGAGAGAUGUUCAAACGUGUCUAUUAAAAGAAUUAACGAUAGUAUACAUAAGAACAAACCAAUGAGUGUUAAUAAUUUCACCGAUGGGUGUAGAGAAAUAUCCAGGAGAAGUGAAGGGAAUCAAAUGAUUUUCCCCAUGAAAGCAAAGAAAGAACGUAAUCAUUCGAGUAGUAAUUCUUGUAGAAUCAACAGUAUGAAAGAUAAUUAUGUUAAAUCGCAUAACAUUUCUAGAUCUGGAAAAAAUGACAAAAAGAUGAACAUGGUAACCAUGGGAAGAGGUUUCGACCCUCUCCUAUCAAACAGAAGUUAUUCUUCCACAUCUAAAUUUCAAUUAAAAAAACAUUUAAUUUCAAAUAGUAAUAAUAUACGUAAUAUGUCUACUGAUAUCAACAGUACUAUCACAAAAGAUAUAAAAAAUUAUUACAACUCAAAGCAAAGUAUUAUGUCUGGUGCGAGUCAAAAAAUGUUUUCUGCCAGUUUGGCUUCUGUGAGGAAAUUCUCAAAUUUGUACAACGGAAGAGAAGGUAGAACACAUUUUCAGAAGGAAUGUUUUAGUAUAAAAAAUCUUAGCAAGUUAACACCAAAUGAAAUAAAAAAAAAACUUAACUGUGAUUUAUUUGAUUAUGCACAUCACCAGAGAAUCCUCAGCAAAAAGUAUAUCUCUCCAUAUGCCUUCAAAAAAAAAACAAAUAUGAGCAGAAUAUCUAUAUGCAAGAAGGGUAUUCAACAUAGCGGUUCCAACACAAAUUCAGCAACACUUGGGAAGAACAAUGUUCCAAUUCCAGCACCCUGUGAAGGGAAGGAGAUAAUUUCAAGACCAACAGAAUAUCUCAGCAACCAGAAUGACAAAGCGGACUCCGAUUGUGUGAAAAACACAGAGGAGAUGCAAAAUGACGAAAAAAUGGAUGAAUCGCAGGACAGCACGGAUUCUAUUAAAAGAAUCAAAUCAUACUUAGACACACAGAGAGGAAAAAAAAAUUCAAGUUGUCGUAUGAAUAAGCAGGGUGCAACAUUAACAAGUCAACGGUCCAAAGAAAUAAGCAGCAGAACUGUUCUGACGAAUAGAGGCACCCUAUCGAAUAGAAAUAUUCUAACGUCUAAAUCAGAAAAACAUACAGAUCAAAACUUGAACACAAAUAAUGCAAUCCCUGUUAAAUUGCGUGAUGGAGCACAUUUGAAAAAAGAAGAAAAGAAAAAGAAACCAAAUGUUCAUACAGACGUUAAGAAAAAUGUAGAUGUAGGCAUAAAAAGCAUUUUUAAAAAAGAGUUAGAAGAAUUAAAAAGGAGAAAAGACAUAUUGAUAUCCAAAAGGAACGACUGUUGUGAUAUUUCCUUCGGUAGUAGUAGCAGUAGUAGUAAGAGCAGUUACAACUUCCAAGAUGAUAAGGUCGGCCAUGAACAUGUGGAAAACAGAGAAAAAAUCUCCAGUAAGCAAAGUAAAACCAUGAGUAAUCCGCUAAAAGAAUCGAACAUUUUAAACAUCUCAUUCAAUGACUUAGAUAAAAGAAUAAGUAACUUGAAAAAUUAUUUGAAAAAUACCAACAAGUGA